AUGACGACGGCGACAGCGACGACGACCGCCGCUGUUCGUCCUAUCAUCAUUUCUCUCCUCGUCCUCUCCCUUCAAACAACCUCUCUCUCUCUCCGCGUCGAGGGAGACCAUCUCAUCCAAUUCAAAGCGUCAUUGAAGGAUUCAUCAUCUCUCGACCCCACGUGGGUCGCCGGGACCGAUCCGUGCGCCCGGGAUCGGCCCUGGCUCGGCAUCCACUGCAGCGAUACGACCGUCUCGUCGCUCCUUCUCAUGAACCUCGGCCUCUCGAAUAAAGUAGAAACUACCAUCGAUGUUGUGCCGUUGGAGAAAUUGGAAAAUUUACGAUUUGUUAGCUUGGAAAAGAAUAGCUUCUCCGGGCCGAUCCCGGAAUUCAACCGGCUCGGCUCGUUGAAGUCGCUCUUCCUCUCCGGAAAUGGAUUUUCCGGAGAGAUACCGAGCGGAUUCUUCACCCACAUGGGGUCGCUAAAGAAGUUGGAGCUCUACACGAACAACUUCUCUGGAAAGAUCCCGGGUUCUUUGCAGCAACUCGAUAGCCUGAUGGAGAUAUUGCUGCAAAGGAACCGGUUCUCCGGCCCGUUCCCGAUUUUGGAUCAGGCAUCACUGAAGGUUUUGGAUUUAUCUUUCAACAAUUUGGAAGGGGAAAUCCCUCAUAGCAUGCAGAGGCAGUUUCCUGCCGCUGCAUUUGAGGGGAACCCUGGCGCCUGUGGGGUCGCCAUCAAUAAGCCAUGCAAGGCUGUGGCCAACACAUUGCCUCCCCUCGGGGGGGCAAUCAUGAUGGCCAGCGCCACCACCAAAUGGGUGGUGCUGGCUGUUGUGGUGGCGGUGCUGGUGGUCACGAUACUCUUUAAAAAAAAGGAUAAGAGUGACAUGUUUAGCAUGAUCGGAAGGGAUCCGAGCAUGCACAGCCACCACGAGCACGCAGUGGAGGUCCACGCGCCGAGCAUAAACCGGCGCGGGGUGGGGUCCUCACGGAGGGUUGGAAACCACAGUGAGAAUGGGUCGACUAAAAAGGCUCACUCCAAUCAUGGGAAGUCGAGUGAUCUUGUGAUGAUUAACGAGGAGAAUGGGGUGUUUGGGAUGUCGGAUUUGAUGAAGGCGGCAGCGGAGGUGCUCGGAAACAGCAGGAUGGGGUCGUCGUAUAAGGCAACGAUGGCGAAUUAUGCGAUACCGGUGGUGGCGAAGAGGAUGAGGGGGAUGAAUAAGUUGAAUAAGGAUGCGUUUGAUGUUGAGAUAAGGAGGCUGGGGAGGAUACGGCACCGGAAUAUUCUCCCGCCGUUGGCGUAUCAUUACCGGAAAGAGGAGAAGCUUCUGGUUACCGAGUUUGUGCCCAAGGGCAGCCUCAUGUUUGUGUUGCAUGGUGAUGGAGGCAUCGCCCACGCGGAGCUGGAUUGGCCGACGCGUCUCAAAAUCAUAAAAGGCAUAGCCCGAGGGAUGGGGUUUCUCCACACGGAGCUGUCAGAGCUGGAGCUCCCCCACGGAAACCUCAAGUCGAGCAACAUCCUCCUCUCGAGCAACCACGAGCCUCUCCUCACGGACUACUCCCUCCACUCCCUAAGCAGCAGCGCGCAGUCUCUGCAGGGGUACAAGAGCCCCGAGGUGGUCCUCCACCAGCAGAUCACCCCCAAGAGCGACGUCUACUGCCUCGGUGUGGUGAUCCUCGAGGUGAUGACGGGGAAAUACCCGUCUCAGUAUCACAACAACGGCAACGGCACCGACCUGGUGAAGUUGGCCAAGGAGGCCGUUGCCGAUGGGAAGGCGGCGGAGCUGAUUGAUCCCGAGAUUGUUAACGGGGGAGGCGACGUGGCGGAUAUGGAGAGGAUGGUGUGUAUUGGGGCUGUCUGCGUUGAGGAGGAUCAUGAGGCGAGGAUGGAAAUGAGGGAGGCGAUAAGGAGUAUAGAGGCCGUUCAACUUUGAUAAACAAAUUACUACUACUUUUUUUUGUAGAAUUCAUACUCAUUUUUCUUGUACACCUUGUGUUGGAUAAGUGUAGAUGUCAGGUAUCCGUUUCUUUUCUUAUUUUUGCUUUUUAUUUUAUUUUCCUUGUACUCAA